UUCCGGGAUCAUAAGAGCUGGGGUGUCUGUAUAUCAUAUUUGUACUCUCCAUAAGAGCCUUCCCCGAUUGAUUCUUUCUCUCACAACCCAUUGGAAAGAACAGCGAACAAAUCGUCAAGAUGAAGUUCGGACGCAAUCUGCCUCGCAACAUGGUUCCCGAGUGGAGCUCUUCCUAUAUCCGCUACAAGGCCCUGAAGAAACUCAUUAAGGCCGCAGCGGAGAAUGUGAAGGCUGGACAGAAUGCCGACCUUGCAGGUUUCUUCUACUCCCUCGAUCGAAAUCUCGAGGAUGUCGAUUACUUUUACAACAAGAAAUAUGCCGAUUUCUCUCGUCGUCUGAAGUUGCUGGAGGACCGAUAUGGACAGUCCUUGGAUGGUGGCCAGCGUCUAGACUCCGAGGACGUCGAGGAUCUCCUGGCCGCCUUGUUGGAACUGCGCGGUCAACUGCGUAAAUUGCAGUGGUACGGCGAGGUUAACCGUCGAGGCUUUAUCAAAAUCACGAAGAAGCUCGACAAGAAAGUUGGCGCCGAGGCACAGCAGAAGUACUUGGAGACCAAGGUGGAGCCAGCACCGUUCGCUUCGAACACCCGGGUGACCGACGCGUUGAAGAAAAUCAACGACCGUUUGUCUAUCUUGGGUGAGCAAAAAAUAAACGACGAUGCUAGCUCCACGCGAUCUUCUCUGUCGUUGAAGAAGGGCCCCGCGCGCCCGAACUUGAACCUACCUGCGAGCAUGCUUCUGACCGUCGACGAGGCUCUGCGUAAGGAUGACACUCAUGUACUGUUAGAACUGCUUGAAACCCUGAAAGCGGCGGCAGAUGAGUCAGGUGAAGAAGAUGUGUACCCCAAGGUUCUCAACAGCCUGCUUCAGCGGGCCAUCUUCUACCGCUCCAAGGCCUGCAUUUCGGUUCUCCUGGGUCGCAUGGACACCCUGGAUGAAGACGAUGACAUUAACAAGCGCAAUUGUGUCCAUCGACUGGUGAUCUCGAUUGGCCGGGCCCAGUCCACUACGGACUCGGAACAAUCUGCCUCCCUGAUCCUGGACUUCCCUCUGGAGACAUCGAACUAUAUCACUCCUGCGGCCCUGCCAACCCUUCAACCUCCUCGUUCGGUCGUGAUGGAGGCAGAUCUCCCCAGUCAUUUGGACAGGUCCGAUCCUUCUGUGUCGCUCCUGCAGCAUCUUCUGGACCAGCUCCAGCCCCAUCAACGAGGUGCACUCAUCGCGAAGGACAUCGCGGGGCGCACCCCGCUGCACUACGCCGCCCAGUAUGGAUUCAAAGUCGUCUGCGAAGUUAUUAUCGAAUAUCUACAGGCCUGGGAUCUUUUCGACGUCACCGAGGGCAUUGAUAGCCCGCACUGGCAGGACAAUGAUGGCUGGGCUCCGUUGCACUUGAGUGUUGUAGGAGGCCAUCCACUAACGACCCAAGCCCUUCUUGAGUCGGAGAACUGGCACGGUGCCAACAAGGACAAGGCGAAGAUUCGCAAACAAGUCUCGCGAUCCAGCGCGGUGCUGGCCUUGGCCACCAAAGCCAACUUUGUUGAUAUUGUCCGGCUUUUGGUUGAGGCCGGCGUGGAUAUCAACUACCAGGAUGAACAGGGUGAAACCGCGUUGCAUGUCGCAGCUCGCUUCGGCCAUGAUCAGUGUGCCAAAAUCCUGCUCGGCGGUAACGACGAGCAAAAGGCGGAUACCGAACUUGCCGAGAACACUUAUUCUUGGACGCCUUUGUUUAUUGCCUGUGUCGAUGGAUCGUUGAGCGUGGCGGAGCUCCUCAUCGAGGCCGGUGCUAAUCUGGAGAGGUACGACUCUUCCGGAUGGACGGCCAAGGAGCAUGCAUCUCUGAGGGGCCAUCUCGACAUCGCCCGGUGUCUUGCCAAGGUCACUCCCCAGCCUGAGAUUGCCGAAGCGGAGCCUGUGAUACCGGUUCCUGCUUUGUCUUCCGAGCCUCCCUCUCCUCCACCAUCCUCACUUGCCGAGCGGAGAUCCAAUGGCAAUCCUGGAACAAGUUCUCUUCGGAAUGCGGAACCCAUUAAGACCUUUGGCCACCGGUAUCUCACUGAUGAGUCCAUGAUUCUGGUCAGCCUGGGAACUAUGGAUAUGCGGACGCAUAUGGAAGCUGUGAAUCUCGACCGUAUUCCCAUGGAGAACGCGCAUUCCACUCAACUCGACACUGCCCUGUCUCUGGUUGUUUCUGCCAGCGGGGCUCAUGGAGAGCCAGAGGUGAUCGACCUUCCUGUUCAGGAUAACAUCUCCACCGAACCGAUCGUCUUCCAUGCGGCCGAUGCCACUAAAGUGAGGCUCCUCUUUGAUCUCAUCCCGACAUACUCUGGGUCCAAAGACAAGGUCGUCGGACGUGGCGUCGCCUUGCUUUCUAGCAUUAAGCCGACGGUGGGAUCGCACCGCAUCAAUCUGAAGGGCGAUUCCACGGUUCCCAUCGUGGCCGCCAACACCCUAGAGGUCAUUGGCUCGGUGACAUUCAACUUUCUCAUCAUCACGCCCUUCAAGCAUCCCAACAUGACCAUCACGGGGAAUCAGACCUACUGGAAGAGUAUGAGCUCGACGAUGGUGAUCGGACAUCGCGGUUUGGGCAAGAACAUGGCCAGCCGCAAUUCACUGCAGCUGGGCGAGAAUACCAUCCAGUCGUUCAUCGCUGCCGCGAAUUUGGGCGCUUCCUAUGUGGAGUUCGAUGUCCAGCUCACUAAGGAUCAUGUUCCUGUCAUUUACCACGACUUCCUCGUUAGCGAGACAGGCAUUGAUGCCCCCGUCCACACCCUUACCCUGGAGCAGUUCCUCCAGCUGGGUGAUAAAGGUCCCUCGCGUCGACAGGGAUCCCCGUCACGCACACCGGACGGUUUUGGAGAAAACACCAACACGGCUUUCCGUCAGCGGUCUAUGUCCGUUGGUGGGUCCGAGUAUGAUCCCUGGGAGCUUAACGAGAAGAUCAAGCAUACCCGGGAUUUCAAGAAGAAGGGCUUCAAGGGCAACAGCCGCGGCAACCACAUCCAGGCCCCAUUUGCCACUUUGGAGGCAUUGUUCCGAGAACUGCCCGAGUCGGUAGGAUUUAAUAUUGAAUUGAAACAGUUACAUGUCGAUCUGACCCGGAUCGCAGAAUAUCCUAUGCUCCACGAGAGCGAGGAGGAGGAGAUGGACACAUAUGCGGUGGAGCUGAACUCGUUCGUGGACACGAUCUUGACCCAGGUCUAUGACAUGGGCAAGGGUCGCAACAUGAUCUUUUCCAGCUUUAACCCGGAUAUUUGCUUGUUGAUCUCGUUCAAGCAGCCGUCCAUCCCGGUCCUCUUCUUGACGGACUCUGGUGCUUCACCUGUUGGUGAUAUCCGAGCUAGCAGCUUGCAGGAAGCGAUUCGUUUUGCAUCUCGGUGGAACCUGCUGGGUGUUGUCUCGCAGGCCGAAGCUUUGGUGCUCUGCCCACGCUUGGUGCGAGUAGUGAAGGAAUCUGGUCUGGUUUGCGUGUCGUAUGGCGCCAUUAACAAUGAUCCCGAAAGCGUUAAUCUCCAAGUGGCAGAGGGAAUUGAUGCUGUCAUCGUGGACAAGGUUCUCGCCAUCCGGAAGGGUCUCACCGAUUACCAGAGCAAGGGGGAUACGCCGGGCGUUUCGCCGCAGCCCAGCCCUCUGGCGAGAGCGACAUCCGGUGCUCUUAAAGAGUCGAUCAACAUUCCGGUUCUAAACCAAGCCGAGCAAAAAGACGAUCAUCUUCAUGUGAAGCCCGAGGCCAUCAUUACAUCUAACCCUCAGUGA